UCCAACAAACUAAUGGAAUAUAAAAUGUAAAAUGUUCAUGUUUGUGAAGCAAAGAAACAAACUGUGUGAAACUUUACCAGAAGAGCCUCACAAACAAAAUGUAACUUUACAUGGAAACCAGUGAGUUAUUAACCAGCAUGUUACCAAACAUCUGGCACCAAGGGAGGAGCAUGUGGAAGGGCCUGAAUGUGAACUGCACAGACAGCUCAGGAUACACACCUUUACAUCACGCUUCACUCAAUGGACACAGGGACGUGGUUCUGAAGCUGCUUCAGUUUGAGGCGUCCACAAAUGUGGCGGACAGCAAAGGCUGCUUCCCGCUGCACUUGGCCGCCUGGAGGGGAGACGAUGAUAUCGUCCGAAUCCUCAUCCACCACGGACCCUCGCCCUGCCGAGUCAACCAACAGAACCAUGACAGGGAAACAGCGCUUCACUGUGCGGCCCAGUACGGACACUCGGAGGUCGUUUCGGUGCUGCUUCAGGAGCUGACUGACCCCACGAUGAGGAACAGCCAGCAGGAGACGCCCCUGGACCUGGCAGCGCUGUAUGGACGACUCCAGGUUGUGCGCAUGCUGGUGAGCGCUCACCCCAACCUCAUGACCUGCCACACUCGCCGACACACUCCGCUUCACCUGGCCGCGCGGAACGGACACCACAGCACGGUCCAGACGCUGCUCGAGGCCGGCAUGGACGUCAACUGUGUGACGGAGAAUGGCAGUGCCCUCCACGAGGCAGCUCUCUUUGGGAAGAUGGAUGUAGUUCGCCUUCUGCUCGACUCAGGUAUCGACACCAAUCUGACGGAUAGUCAGGGGAGAGCAGCGCUGGAGAUCCUGAGGGAACAUCCUGCACCCAAAUCCCAGCAGAUCACUGCUCUUAUCCAAGAUUAUAUGAUGGAUGAGAUGGAGAGGAGGAGUAUCGUGGAGGAGCCUGUUCGCAAGUGUCCCAUCCCAGCACCUCGAACCUCUAUCCCCUCGCCCUCCGCCUCCCCCUCCCUCAGACACAAGAAUGAUGCCGUGACGAGCGAGCUGUCCAAACUGCUCCACGAGAUCAAGAAGUGCCGGGACAGGGACUACUCCUUCGAGGAGCUCUGCCACACCAUCUCCUCCCACUCCAUGGACAGCUUUGGGAGCGGGCGGCUGUCAGACGAGGACCGGCCCGAUCGACCCAACGGCACCCUGACUCGAGGCACCAAGCCGCCGACCCUGCCUCUUGCUCCAGCCCUGGAGGAAGAUGAGGCCGAAAGAAGCUGCGGCCCCACUGGAUUCUGGGAGGCCCUGACGCCCUGCAAUGGCUGCCGCAAUCUGGGCUUCUCCAGCCUCUCACAGGAGUCAAAGUUUUCAGGAGACAUCAUCACAUCACCAUCUCUGGACGUCUUCCUUCCCGAGGACGAGGACAACCCGUACGAGUCUGUGACGACUGCCGUUACACGCAAACCCUGCUCGCUUGAUAUCAACCACCGGCUCAACAGCGGGCCCCGCAACGGUCACCUGUCCCAUGGACCGGUGAGUGAGGGGGAGCACGGUAACCAUGGCAACUGCUCAACAGGCCCCACUCCAGACUGCUCACCCCCCUCCCCCGACACGGCCCUGAAGAACAUCGAGAGAGUCAUCCGCCCACAGCCCAAGCAGCGAACCUCUCUGUCCUCAUCCCUGGACGUCCAAAGGCCAGUGAACCACAGCUGUGAGCCUAGCGAGGUGAGCUCGUCCCUGGGCUACGCCAGCUUCAGCACCAGCCCCCCUGCCAGCCCCCCCCUCAGCCCCAACCAGGAAGACUCUGCAGGCUCCAACGACGACUGUCAGCUCACAGACGACGGGCCGUACCAACGAGACCCUCCUCCUCCUCCUCCUCUCUGCUCUUCCUCCACAUUAAAUCCUCUGUUGGAGGACCGAAGGAAGAGCCACAUCCCAGAGGAGUUUGCAGGCCUCCUUCAUGGAUCUUCUCCAGCCUGCGAGACCCCUGACACACCUUACCACCUCUACAGUCCCAAACCUCGAAAAUAUGCCUCCACAGACGUCCAGAGCAGUUUGCUGCAAACCCCAGAGUUCAGCCUCGUGAUUGGAGGAGGAUCCGCAAAAGCCAACGACCCGCAAAAACCCCAGGUGGUGUACCGGACUAUCUUCCACACCAGGGUCAACCAGGAUCAGACCCGACCCAAGAACUGCGAGCAGCUUGACCAGCCUCGUGGGUGGUCUACAUUGGACCGCCCACCCUCCCACUACUCUGGUCAAAACCAGAAAGGUCCAGAGUUAAAGGGGAUCCAGACUUCGGGUGAAUCCAAGGACGGUUCAUCUGGGGCUGGCUUUGAGGAGAGGGCUUUCACCCUGGGGAGGAUGAGGUCCAUGCCCCGGAGUGUGUUGGACCUGCAAUUGUCAAAGUCUCUUUCCAAGUCUGAUUCUAACCUGGUAGCUGUGUCUCCCGUACAGGAGGAGCACAGUUGGGGGUCUGGUUCUCGGGGUCAAGGGCCUGGAAGUCCAAACCCAGGGGAGGGUGCCAGCCCUGGGGGGAGACUGGAGAGAACACCUUCCUUCACAGCUGAGUGGGAAGAGAUCGACAAGAUUAUGAGCUCUAUCGGGGCGGGGAUAGGGAGCGGAUUGGACAUCAAGGAGGACAUCUCAGGUCCCCGCUGCCCGAUGCAGUCUGUGGGUCAGUGGCUCGACUCCAUCGGCCUGGUCCAGUACGAGAACCACCUGCUGGCCAACGGAUUUGACAACGUCCAGUUUAUGGGCAGCAAUGUGGUGGAGGACCAGGACCUGCUGGAGAUUGGGAUCCUCAACUCAGCCCACAGACAACGUCUCCUGCAGGCCAUCCGGCUGCUGCCCCGGGUGCGGCCUGUCGGUUACGAUGGCAACAACCCGACGUCAGUGGCGGAGUGGCUGGAGUCGUUGGAGCUUGGCGACUACACCAAGUCUUUUCUCAUCAAUGGAUACACGUCCAUGGAGCUCGUCAAGAAGAUCUGGGAGAUCGAGCUCAUCAAUGUGUUGAAGAUCAGUCUCAUCGGACACAGAAAACGCAUCUUGGCCUCGUUGGGGGACCGGCUACACGAAGACACCCCACAAAAACCUCCGCGGGCCAUCUCCCUCAGGGAGCCCGGCGGGAACCACACUCCUCCCCAGCUCAGCCCGUCGGUGGGCCAGGCGGCGUACACGGCGGGGGUCCCGGGCGGAUCUCUAGACGUGCAGCACCUCAUCAUGCAGGCGGACGCCCGGCGCAGACAGCGCAGCAACGACAACUACUUCGAGGACGUGCCGCGAUCCAAGCUGGAACGACAGAUGGCCCAAGUCAGCAUGGCGGGCGAGUGGUGCGAGCCAAUCACGUUGCGUCCACCAAAUGAGGCCACCUCGUCCACCCCAGUGCAGUACUGGCAGCAUCAUCCCGAGAAGCUCAUCUUUCAGUCCUGCGACUAUGAGGCCUACUACCUGGGCUCCAUGUUGGUGAAGGAGCUGAGAGGGACGGAGUCCACACAAGAUGCUUGUGCCAAAAUGAGGAAGUCGACAGAACAGAUGAAGAAAGUGCCGACCAUCGUACUCUCCGUGUCCUACAAAGGAGUGAAGUUCAUCGACGCCACAAAUAAGAAUAUCAUUGCAGAGCAUGAGAUCCGUAACAUCUCGUGUGCGGCUCAGGAUCCAGAGGAUCUGUCUACGUUCGCCUACAUUACCAAAGACCUCAAGUCCAGUCACCACUACUGCCACGUCUUCACUGCUUUUGAUGUGAACCUGGCUUAUGAGAUCAUCCUGACGCUCGGCCAGGCCUUCGAGGUGGCCUACCAGCUGGCUCUGCAGGCCAGGAAGAGUGGCCACGGGUCGUCCACGCUGCCCGAGAGCUUCGACAGCAAGCCCAACAAACCUGUUCCCAAACCCCGCGUCAACAUCCGCAAAUCUAUGGAGCAGCCGUCCAUGGACCAAAAGGGCCACGCCAACGUGCCGUGGAUUGUGGAGCCGGGUCAGGAGGCCAAGAGAGGAGUCAACACCAAGUACGAGACCACUAUUUUCUAACAUACACCCGCCUUGUCCACUCCUGUGUGUGUGCCUUUCAGAGGUUGCCCUGUACCGGGGCCCCGCCCCGGAGUUGGGCUCGAGUGAAGCACGUCGCCGUGUCACCUCACCGGCUGAAAAAUAAAAAACAAAACAUCCCGGCCCGCCCCCAUUAGCCGAGACUGUCCACUGCAUGAUGACUUGGCGCUGCGCUGUCUCUCUCUUUUCCUUGUCUCUUUCAUUUCUGCUCUCCCCCUUUUUGGCCCAAUUCUCCCGCCUGCAGGGCUGGCGCAUGACCUUUGAACCCAGAGUGUGGUGCACUUCUGUCUCCACCUGUAGGGGGGAAUGGUCAGCUCCAUUUUUCCACUUCCUGUAUGCCGGUCAGUCAGCGGUCAACCAGUUGGUUGUUCUGCUUUUUGUUUUUGCUUUGCUUGAUGGGUGUAACCCUUUGGACUCGUCUCUCUCCUCCUUCCUCCAUCCCUCGCUUUUAUCUAGAUUUCAGCCCCUUACUGCACCAACAACCUGAAAGAGAUUAAACCAGAAAACUGCUUAGAGCCAUAACAGUGUUUUAGCUGUCUGUUGAGCCGAGUGUGGGAGCUGACAAUGUUGAGGGAUGUUGUCUGAACUUGACAACUGGAGGAAACUUCUGACUUUUUAAACCCUUUUUUUAAUUCAAAGAGGAGAGGUGAUGUAGCACAGUCUAACUUUGACUCAAACUGGUUCAUCCAGCAGGCUACCAGAAUGUAUUUAAACUUUUUGAUUCUUUAGAUCAGAUUUUUUUUUCUUUUUUAAUAUGAACAAACGUGUUGAUUUCUUUGACAAACAGCUUUAAACUUGACCUGUGACACAGGAAGAUGUAGGUGAUUUUAGAUUUUUUUUAGCACCUUUUUCAGAACGUGUGUACAUAUUAUCAGAAUCUUUUAACAAUGCAUUUUAUUUUUCUCCCUGGCCAUAAACCUAAUUUUAUUUUCGGUAACAAAAUCUUGUCUAUAAAAGGUUUAGCAUGUGGCUUGUGAGACGCAUGGUGGCCAUUUUGGAUUUGCUGAGCAGGGGGGCCGGUGGAGAGGCGGGGUGUGAGGGCUCUCUCGAUAAGUGAUGUCAUCUCAUUUGCAGGGCAAUGCCGGAAGCUCAUGUCUAUUACUGUGGAAUACAAAGAAUGUAGCCAGCCCUAAACACGGACCUUGUCACACUUACAAUGCAAAAAGGACUACAAAGGACUACAAACAUGGACGCCACUCCAGUGUUUAAGGUUGACUACAAAAUAUUUCGCAUUCAUUCACACGAUGUUUGACACAGUUAACUUUGGACCAAUACACACACAUUAACAAGACUGCAUCUCGACAGACUACGUCUGAAUGUACACUCAUCUGAAGCAGCCUCAACUUUCUGCAACUACAGCAGGAUCUGUUUUAUGCAGCCAGCUGGGAGGCAUGAACUUUAUGGGAGGCUAGAGGGCAUCUGUUGGAAACAGACAAUGGCCUGGCUAAAGGCACCACUGGGCAUGUGUCAAUGUUGGAAUGGGAAUGUGUUUGAGGACGUCUGGCCGGCUCUUUUUGGUCUUUUUAUUUUAAAGUCAGAAAAUAAUAGAGAUAUAUGCACAAGCGUGUCAAUGUGAUUGGACUAGCUGCAACACGCUUCAACCGCAACAGGUGUUUCAUCACAAUGGACGAUGAAACUAUGUGAACAAAACUGCAUCUGAUGUUUAAAAAAAGUAUUCUAUUCGUAUUGCCCGACAUUUUAAUGUUUAAUAUGAGAGUAUUAUAUUACCAUGAUGAUUAUGAUUAUUCUUGUGCAAUUCUUGUCUACUGUUGUCUUAAUGUUACAUUAUUUUUCUAUGAUAUGCUGAGAUGAAAAUGUUGAGCUUGAGAAUGAUGGCCAUCCUUUAAAAAAAUACUUUUAUCUGGCUGAAAGUAAUUGUACACAUAGAGUGAAUGUUGCAGAUGGCUCGCUAACUCUUGUCAGGUCAACCCUCCAUCAUUUCUCAUGGGGCUCUACUCUUAUCUAGCAGAUGUACUAUUUUAAACGCAGUAUUACUGUAUCAUUUGGAUGAGAAAUUAUCCAUUUAUAAAAUGUACAUAGAUAUUUUGCCAACUCAUUGUUCAUACGUGUAAUGUAAAAGAGAAAAGAAUUAAGGACUUGCAGUACAUGGCACUGGAAACAAGGUACCAAAAUAAAGGUUGGAAAUUUAAAAAAGAAACAAGUGUUAGACUGUAGAGAUUGUAUUUUGAGUGACAACUGAAAUGGGUUAUAUGGUGACAUCACUGCUGACCAACUAAUGUACAUAGGCUUGGGCUUCCAGCACACUGAUUUUUGUAAUUUUGGCCAUUAUUUAUAUCCUUGUAAAGCACAUGAAAAUAAAAUACAACUUGUAC